AUGAUGGCGCCUUCUUCACAUACGCAGGGUCACGCUCGUGUCACUGUCUCUCUCCAAGUCUACACUCCCAAAGGCGCUCCAUCCACCGGUCCCACCUCUCGCACUUUGCUCAUCCCAGAACACGAACCUGUACUCAUCGGCCGUGCCAGUCUCACCAAGAACAGAGAUCCCACUACCAACAACGCCCUCUUCACCUGCGCAGUCAUGUCAAGAUCUCACGCUACCCUCUCUGCCCCAAAUGGUCCUUAUGGUCCAGUCUACCUCGAAGACACUGACUCGAUGCAUGGUGUCUAUGUCAACGGUAGAAAGAUUGCUCGCACCGAGAUCCACCCCUUGGACAACAUCACUUUUGGAACCAAGGUCUCUCGUGCUGAAGGCACUCACGACGGUGUCAUGCUCACCGUGACUAACGUCACCCGCACUGGUGCCACUCGCAGCGACCCCAUCGAUCUGUGCGGAAACAGCAGCAAGACGAUGCCUCCCGCAUCAUACCGUGUCCCUGACUACGAAACCGACUCGUCUAAGGACGACACCAUCAACACCACCUCUGAAAAGCCCUCAGCCAUGCAGUACAUCGAUCUCGACCCUGUCUACUCUCCUGCCCGCUCUCACGACGUCGUCCACUCCGAAGAUGAGCAUGAUGAUACACAAGACUAUUUCAACGGCCCUGGCUCCGACUCCGAGUUCGACAGCGAUUGCGGGGCCAGCGACUACCCAGAAAACCCUGAUGAAUUUGACUACGAUGAGCAGAGUCAUGCUGACUCAGACGGUAGUCGUUCUCCGGGUUCUGCUCUCGCAGAGGAUGCAGAUGAUACGCAGCUAGAGCAGGAGGACUCUGAACUCGACGAUGUACCUGACUUCCAUGAAGAGCCUGAGAUCUUACCAGCCCACGUCACCAACACCGAGACUUUCCAGACCAAGGUCACAUACACUCAGGGUAAUGAGAAGGCUCACGAACCUGCCGAGAUCAUGUCGCUCCCCUGGAUCCUCGAACCUUCCGACCGCUGGAACAUGUCCGCCGUUACGCUCACACCAAACUCUAUCAUGCCCAAGGUGCCUUCACCCUCGAUUCUCCAGGACACCGAGCUCGCACCUGUCUCUCAGGGUAAGAAGAACGUAGACGCUGCUGGAGCUGCUGCUCAAGACACAGUGAAAGACACCGAGAGCCAGGACGCAUCUCUGAAGGCCCAACAGAGCGACAAAGAGCUCGAUAACAUUGUGGACGAACUGUUCGCCAAGGUAGACUCUCCCACUGGCACUCAACGCCAGCGUGCUGUCGAGGACAACGGACUCGAAGAUGGCCCUAUUCCAACAUCUGUUCCCACACCCACAGCGACUGAACUGUUUGCUAAGGUGGACUCUCCUACUGGAAGCAAGCGCAAGCGUGACAUCGAGGACGACGGCCAUGAAGACGUCCCUGCUCCUUCCACUGAUCGCAAGUUGCUCAAACUGAAGUUCAACAAGCAGCAUAUCCUCAAGGCACGACCUCAGAACACAUCUCGACCUGUCAAACGUGCCAAGCGCUCAACCGCUAAGUUCGCCUUGGGCGCAUUUGCUGGCGCUAUCGGUGGUGUCGCUACUGUGGUCGGCGUACUGAUGACCCCUCAGUGUGAGCAGUUACUGGCUAAUUGGCCAAUUGCAUGA